AUGAGAGACUUACAGAAGCUUCACUGUAGCAGCAGCGUUCUGAUUCCUGCUCCUUAUUUCUCCGGAAGCAAAGAGCUUGCACGUACUGUAGAGCACCCAGGUGUACUUGGUGAGGGCCCCUACAGCGUGAUGUAUUCCUCUAGCAGCAUCUGUGGUUUAAAGGGGUCAUUUGUGGACAUUCCCUGCACUUACUCGUAUCCAAGUGGUAAACUGGUCAGAAAGGCAUACUGGUUCAUCAAAUGGAGGUGGGGGAGAGAACCGAAUUAUUUGUAUCAGGAUUCCAGAUAUCGGGGGCGUGUGGAAUAUCUCGGUGAUAAAGUGAGCGAUUGCAGCCUACGAAUCAAGGACCUGAGAGAGACUGACAUUGACGAAAAGUACAGAUUUAGGUGUACACUUAAUGUAGAUGAGGAGAAAUUUGCUGGAUCUGAGGUUUCUCUGACACUUACAGAUCUUCGUGUAACAUCAAGUCCAGUAUCAGUGAGGAUGCAUCAUAGUCUGACACUGACCUGCAGCACCACCUGCAGUCUGAGUAACAACCCCACCUACAUCUGGUACAGGAACUCACAGCCUCUGAGUAACACACACACAACCAGCAGCAACAUCAUGUCUAUAGCCUCAUUUAGCAAAGAGGAUGCUGGUUAUUACUCCUGUGCUGUAAGAGGACAUGAGGAUCACCCAUCACCGUCUGUGUGUCUGAGUGGCUGGAGUGUGACCUACACCCCACAGAGCAUCUGUGCAUUGAAGGGCUCCUCAGUGGAACUCCACAGCUAUUACACCUACCCUUGUGAUCAUACAGUCAUGAAGGCAUUCUGGUAUAUCACAGGACAUAAAGAUCUGAGAGAGGAUGAACACUAUCAGGGUCGUGUGGACUAUACUGGAAAUAACAGCAAUAACCACACUUUGACCAUAAGGAACCUAAACCUUGAUGAUGCAAAAACAUAUACCUUCAGAUUUGUAACUGAUAAAGAAGAAAAGUUUUCGAAUGGACAUCUUAGACUCUUAGUUACAGAACUGCAAGUGUUGGUUAAUCCUGACACUGUAAAAGAGGGAGAUGAAGUGACUCUGACCUGCAACACCAUCUGCAGUCUGAGUAACAACCCCACCUACAUCUGGUACAGGAACUCACAGCCCAUUGAUAAUCCACACACAGCUGACAACAGGCUGUACAUACACUCAGCCAGCCCUGAAGAUGCAGGCAAAUACUCCUGUGCUGUUAAAGGACAUGAAAUCCACAGUUCACCUGAAAUGACUCAGGAUAUCAGAUAUGCUCCAAGAAACACCUCAGCAUCACUCAGUCCCUCUGGUGACCUUCAUGAGGGCGACUCAGUGACUCUGACCUGCAGCAGUGAUGCCAACCCACCAGCGCACACCUACACCUGGUACAGGAAGACCAGAGAUGAGACAGUUAUUCAGGACACAGGGAGGAUGCUGAGCUUCACUCUUAACCUUGUCCCUGGUGUGGACGAACUUUAUCACUGUGAGGCACAAAACGAGGUCGGCUCAGAGAACUCAACCGGAGUCAGGGUCUCCUGGCCAGAUCCUGGCUUGCCCAAAGAAAUCCUGUUUAUUGCUUUGGGGGGCAUCUUGGUUGUAGCUCUCUUGUUGGUGGUCAUUGUAUGCUGGAGGCAAGUCCCAGAGAAAUACUUUCAUAUCAGUUUAUUGUGA